CGAGUGCAACAACUUCCUGUGUCACAGGGUGCCUGGGAGAAGGGAGAGCAAGAAGCGGGCAUACCAAAUCUAUCGUUGACGUUAUCAAAUUUUUUACUGUAAACGUAACUUUUGGGUUUCUCAAGACACCAACGGCUUGCAGUGGAUCACUGUAGUGACCUUUUGAUGCAUAUUUAGCUCACCUAUCUUUUUAUUCGACUUACCUACCCAGUUAACGUACACGACUCCUGCAAGAGCAGGCCCGUUCUCCAGGACGUUGCUUUAUCUGGUUAGCAAGCUAGCACACCCGAACACGUUUUCUUCCUCAAUGUUUUUGUCCGUUUACUUCGUAUUUUGAGACCAUAUUGCUGUAGCUAACCCCGAGUUUUGUAAUUUUUAUAAGGAGUAGCACGUUUAUUCUGUUUAUACGUAGUUGAAUGAAUACUUUGCUAGCUAGCUACGUUUUUAGCUAAAUUAGUGUGCCGCUCGCCGUAUUUUUGCUAGCUUGCUAGCCAACGCGCUACCUUCCCGUCCAGUGAACGCAGAUAUAGGCUUGCAUUUGCGGAUUUGCAAGUGAGCUAACACAUUAGCCACGAAAAUGUCGGAUUUUGACGAAUUCGAGAGACAGCUGUCUGAAAACAAACAAGAAUCAUCUCAUCCACACACCGGUUUUUUACUUCCCGCAGCGGAGAGAGACAAGGAAAACCGUCAUCACCGCCGCUCCCCCUCACGCAGCCGCAGCAGGGAGCGAAAGAGGCGAAGCAGGGACAGGGACAGACGCAGCCGAGAUCGCCGUGGGGACAGCAAAGAGAGACGGCAGAGACGCAGACUGGAGCGCAAUACAAAGGUGUCAUUGGAGCCCUCCAGUGGAAUAGGGUUAGAUCUGACUGAAGCGUUUCAACACACCAGCUCACCCGCUCUCAACCAACCCCAAGAGAUUGCUGUAAGCCGCUCUCCGCACCGCGAGAAGAAGAAGAACAAGGUGAAGAAGUACUGGGAUGUCCCUCCGCCGGGGUUCGAACACAUAACCCCCAUGCAGUACAAAGCCAUGCAGGCUGCGGGCCAGAUCCCAGCCACGGCGCUCUUACCCACCAUGACCCCCGACGGCCUGGCCGUCACCCCCACCCCCGUGCCCGUGGUGGGCAGCCAGAUGACCCGGCAGGCCCGCAGGCUGUACGUGGGCAACAUCCCCUUUGGCAUCACAGAGGAGUCCAUGAUGGAUUUCUUCAACGCUCAGAUGCGUCUGGGCGGUCUCACUCAGGCCCCUGGCAACCCAGUCCUCGCCGUGCAGAUCAACCAGGACAAGAACUUCGCCUUCCUGGAGUUCCGCUCUGUGGAUGAGACGACCCAGGCCAUGGCGUUUGACGGCAUCAUCUUCCAGGGCCAGAGCCUGAAGAUUCGCCGUCCCCAUGACUACCAGCCCCUGCCCGGCAUGAGCGAGAACCCCAGUGUUUACGUUCCGGGCGUGGUGUCUACGGUGGUACCUGACUCUGCACACAAGCUCUUCAUCGGAGGCCUGCCCAACUACCUGAACGAUGAUCAGGUGAAGGAGCUGCUGACAUCCUUCGGGCCCCUGAAGGCCUUCAACCUGGUGAAGGAUAGCGCCACCGGCCUCUCUAAGGGAUACGCCUUCUGCGAAUACGUGGACGUCAACCUCAAUGACCAGGCCAUCGCAGGACUGAACGGCAUGCAGCUGGGGGACAAGAAGCUGCUGGUGCAGAGAGCCAGCGUGGGAUCCAAGAACGCCACCCUGGAGACGAGUAUAAACCAGACCCCAGUGACGCUGCAGGUGCCGGGCCUGAUGAACAGCUCAGUCAACCAGAUGGGCGGCCUUCCCACGGAGGUGCUCUGCCUGAUGAACAUGGUGGCCCCCGAGGAGCUGCUGGACGACGAGGAGUACGAGGAGAUCGUGGAGGACGUGAGGGACGAGUGCAGCAAGUACGGCCAGGUCAAGAGCAUCGAGAUCCCCAGACCUGUGGACGGCCUUGAGGUCCCUGGGACUGGCAAGAUCUUUGUGGAGUUCAUGUCGGUGUUUGACUCCCAGAAGGCCAUGCAGGGGCUAACAGGAAGGAAGUUUGCCAACCGGGUGGUGGUGACCAAAUACUGCGACCCCGACGCCUACCAUCGCCGAGACUUCUGGUAGAGGAGGCUGGAAGAGAAGGGGGUGAGGGGCGGAAAGGAAGGAGGAAGGGAUGGAGGGAGGGAUGGAUGUCCCAGGUUUUAGUUGACCUCCAGCCUGUAUCUUUAGGCACUCGUGCAGGGAUGUGAACACCAAAGGCUUUUGGUGUCAAAGCUUCCUAGCUUUUCCAAAGGCACCUCUUUUUUACGCUGUAUUUGUUCCAUACCUGCAGGACAUGUCUAAAGGUGGGGGCUCCGGGGCAGUUAGGCGCUGCGGAGACGACUGCAGGGGGAGGGUUUCUAUUCAACUAAACGGGAGGGGCUUGGGGGGGGGAGAGAUUUUGAGAAUUGUGUGUAGAAACAGGUAAGCGAGGGGCUUAAACGAUUUUUAUACUUUGUGAGAAAGGGAUGUCAUCAUUGGGGGGGGGGGGGGGGUGCCACACAAUGAGGUUUGUAUUUAAGUGAAGAGGGGUAGCCUGUUUCAGUCCUUUCGAGGACAGGAGGGCGGGUGGCUAGGUGGUUUUAGGAGGAGUUACAGGCAGUGAGGGUUGACAGUUGGAAGUUCCACCCACUGAUGCAGAACAUCUCGAGGGAGGUUGGGGGAGUACAGUGCAGUGGGGAGUGAUUGAUAAGUAGGCCCCUUAUUUCAUCAACAAUUUUUCAGGUUUGAACUCAUUUUGUUUCUUCAUCUGGCUACACUCAUCCUUCCAUACGUGUGUGUGUGUGGCUGUCAUUAGGGGAAGCUUUAACUGUGUUCAUGUAAGACUGUAAAGAUCUGAAUGUCAACGUUCAUCUGUUCAAUACUGUAAUUGACUAGAUACGCUGAUCUGACUUGCGACAUCUUAAAUUGCAGUUUCUGAGGGUGAAUUGGAAGUAUGGUGUUUGAACAGUGCCCACAUGUGUUUUGGUGUUUUUGUUUGAUAUUUGGUUUAAAAAACAAAAAAGAAGAAAAAAUAACAAAAAAGUAUCCACCAUCUUGUCAAUGUCACCAUCUCCAUUAUUAGCAGGUGACCUUUCACCUUCACCUUCACCCUGCAGAGGAGCUAGAGAGAGUCACAUGUUAAUGAACAGGGAAAAAACGUUGUUGUUUUGUUUAUUUUUAUUAGCUCUUGAUUUUUAAGAAGCAUAAAUCAAAUAGGUAAUGAGGAGGGAUCUGUCUAGCUCUGAAUAAAAGCCUUAAUGUUACGUUUUCAUGUCAAGGUCUGAUAAGGUAGAAAAUAGGUUACUCCUCGAUCUGUCUUUGAAUAUGUCUAUACAUGUCAGCAUUUCAUGGCUUCAAAUUGUUUAAUUUGGCAAAUACCUAAGUAACUAACGCAUCGCUUUGUAAGAUUCUUCUGUUUUUUUUUUGCCUCCUAUUUCAAACUGAUCUUUGUGGGAUGGAAGCUAGAAAUGUCUUGGACCUGGUUGUUUUAGUAUGUGCCACAUCUGACCCCUCUCACCAGACAAAAUAAACAUAAAUAUGAAUA